AUGGCUCCGUCUCCUCCUCGUGCGCACUAUUCGGAGAAAGAAUUGCGAAAUUUAUAUCCCAGUAAUCUAAAGCUAGAGCAGGUUCAAAUCCUCUUGCGCCAUGGCGAGCGAGCUCCUACCUCCGCCCGUUUUGAAAACACAGGUCUAGCUGCUUUCUGGCCGUACUGCUCCGCUGCGAAGCAGCUAGUCAGUGUUACAAUGAGUGAUAAUUCUUCAACCUGGAGUCAUUCUCAGUGGAGACGACAUCUUGAAACAUUUGACUCCCACGAUAACCCUGUGCUUGUGUCAGGUCCUCGAGGAGAGAUUGAAGGAAUGUGCAACCACGGAGAGCUAACAGACCAGGGAAGGAGGAGCUCACAAGCACUAGGCGCAUAUCUCCGAAGUCUAUACAUUGAUCAACUGUGGUUUCUGCCAUCUACAAUAAGUGAUCCAGAGAUAGUAUAUCUUCGAGCUACUCGCAUACCUCGGGCUAUUGAGUCCUUACAAGAAACCUUCGGGGCCAUGUACCCUCCACACUCUAGAUCGAGAAUCUUUCCUCCUCCCGCAAUCAUUCUACGUGCACGUACCGAUGAGACACUUACCCCAAGCAAUGGCUAUUGUAAGAGGUUCGCUCAAUUGGCUCGGGCAUUCUCGCGGAGGAGUGCUGAGAGAUGGAAUACAUCGACGGAGAUGGAUUAUGUCAAUGAUUUGAUUGGUAAAUGGAUGCCGGAAGAUGGCGAGAGAGUGGCUAUAGACUCGCAACCACGUCUUUCUGGGAUAUUGGACACUAUCAAUUCGACCCUCGCUCAUGGAUCGGGGACAAAAUUGCCGAAUGAGUUUUAUGACAAGAAAGGCAUGGCUAUCAUUAACCGACUAGUGAUAGAGGAAUGGUUCAGUGGCUAUGACGAAUCUCAAGAGUAUCGGGCGCUUGGAAUUGGUUCUCUCCUGGGCGACGUUGUAUCACGAAUGAUCCUGAGCGUUGAAAAGAAUAGCAAGGAAAAUUCUGGUCAAAUCAAAAGUUUAGAUGGGACUUCAGCAAGCAUCAACCGCCCGAACGCUACUGUCAAGCUGGGAUUAAGUGGCUGUCACGACACCACAUUAGCGGCUAUCUUAACAAGUCUUGGAGCCUUAAAGCUUGAGACUUGGCCGCAAUACACCAGCCAUGUUUCUCUCGAGUUGUUUCGGAAGGCUGAAGAACCCGUAUCCGCAGCAUGGAAGGCGGACAGAAUCCCCUCCCCAGGUGGAUCAGCACCGCAUAUCAGAAGUAACGACGGGCUCCGCCAACCUUUUCUACCAAGCAAAGACACCGACAAGGAAGAAAUUGUUAAAAAAGCUCCUUCAAUUGGUCGAAAAAAAAUCGAUUCCUUGCAGCCCUCGGCGCGGUCCAAACUAGAUGGUUACUAUGUACGCAUACUAUAUAACGACCAGUCCGUCUCGAUUCCUGGCUGCAAAGCUCCCGGGAAGCAUCUUGAUGGCAAUGAGAGCUUCUGCACCCUCGAAGCAUUCAAAGGCAUUGUCGAUAAAUUCACGCCACUGCACUGGAAGAAAGAUUGCAGGAGCAACUUGAAUGAUCCUACCUUUCCGGUCAAACCGGAACCGGCUGGAUAUUGA